UGCAUAACUUCAUAACCAAGAUUACACGCCCUCUUGUAGAGAAAGAACAUAAAACGCCCCUCUCUCUCUCACUGCAACUCUCCUCUCCCUCUCUACUCGGGAACUCAGAAUUUGCAGUAGCAACGAGCUAUGAGUCGAGGAACAGGAGCUGGAUAUGAUCGCCAUAUCACUAUUUUCUCCCCUGAAGGUCGACUUUAUCAAGUUGAGUAUGCCUUCAAGGCUGUAAAGGCAGCUGGCAUUACCUCAAUUGGAGUUCGGGGCAAGGAUUCUAUCUGUGUUGUUACUCAGAAGAAGGUCCCAGACAAGCUCUUGGAUCAGACCAGUGUAACCCACUUGUUUCCCAUUACAAAGUAUCUUGGAUUGUUGGCCACUGGAAUGACAGCUGAUGCACGGUCAUUGGUCCAGCAAGCAAGGCAUGAAGCAGCUGAGUUUCGUUUUAAAUGGGGUUAUGAAAUGCCUGUUGAUGUGCUCGCCAAAUGGAUUGCGGACAAAUCCCAGAUCUAUACACAGCAUGCAUAUAUGAGACCCCUUGGAAUAGCUGCUAUGGUUUUGGGUAUUGACGAAGAAAAGGGGCCUCAACUUUUCAAAUGUGAUCCAGCUGGCCACUUUUUCGGCCAUAAGGCAACAAGUGCCGGCUUGAAAGAACAAGAAGCAAUUAACUUUUUGGAGAAAAAAAUGAAGAAUGAUCCUGCCUUCUCCUAUGAGGAGACUGUACAGACUACGAUUUCUGCCCUGCAAUCAGUUCUCCAAGAAGAUUUCAAGGCCACUGAGAUUGAGGUAGGAGUCGUGAGAAGGGAAAAUCCAGUUUUCAGAGUGUUGUCCACAGAGGAGAUUGAUGAACAUUUGACAGCCAUAAGUGAACGUGACUAAAUUUGCUGGUGGCCCAAUACUUAUGGGACCAAUGGUACUCCAUUUCUCCUUCUAGUUUUUGUUUUUGCCUUUGACAAGUGAUCUUGGUACUUUUCGAUUCAAUGGCCAGUGGCCCUUUCAAACUUGAUUCAGGUUGAAGAGCUUCAGAUUGAUAUAUACAUGAUCAGGCAUUAUGAUAGUUGUAUUUUUAGUGCAAUUAUGAUCUCAUCAAGAUCUCCCAAAACAGACUCAUUGUUGAAACUAAAAUUUCAUCGUUUCAGUUAUUUAUUUCUCUGAUCAAUGAAAUAGCUGUCUUGUGUUUC